GGUUCCGCGGGUGGCCGGGGAUGGUGGGCGAGGGGCGCCCGGCCGGGUGCAGGGCCGGCCCGGAUCUGGGGGCCGCUGGCGUCCAUCGCGGUUCUGACGCCUCCGUGCCGGGACGCAGCCGCCGCGCAGACACCCCCACAUUCACAGUUGGGGACCAGAGGCCUGGGGCCACGCCGCCGCUGCUGGGGCCCUGUCUCCAGGGCCAGGCGCACCUGGAGUGUGACCUUGGGCACACCUGGUCCCCAGGGUCACAGCGUUGUCACAGGGCGGCUGUUGUCCUGCGGCCAUGCCUGCUCCCGGGACGCUGAGUGAGCCAGGCUGCCGCUGGGUGCAGGGAACCCAGCCACACGCCACCCAGCUGUACCAGCAUGUACCAGAAACGCGCUGGCCCAUCGUGUACUCGCCGCGCUACAAUAUCACCUUCAUGGGCCUGGAGAAGCUGCACCCCUUCGACGCUGGCAAAUGGGGCAAGGUGAUCAGUUUCCUAAAAGGGGACACUGAUUUUCCAUCGCCAGUGGUGACCAGAGUGAGCUUCCAAAGAAAAGCUGGAAGUAGAGCCAUGCAGGGAGACACUACGGUGGGGCCCUGGGAUGAGCCCGGCCAGCCGCUUCCGGUCUCCAGUCCCUCACCUUUGGGGAACCAGAGCAUCACCGGCUGCUUCGAGCAGUGCCCCGCACCACUCCCUGCUCUCAGCCUCAGUUUCUUCUGCAGAAUGAAGCCAGGCUUGUCUGAGGAGAAGCUCCUGUCAGAUGCCAUGCUGGUGGAGGCUCGGGAGGCCUCAGAGGAGGACCUGCUGGUCGUGCACACCAGGCGCUAUCUCAACGAGCUGAAGUGGUCCUUCGCCGUCGCCACCAUCACAGAAAUCCCCCCUGUCAUCUUCCUGCCCAACUUCCUGGUCCAGAGAAAGGUGCUGCGGCCGCUUCGGACCCAGACAGGAGGAACCAUCAUGGCAGGGAAGCUGGCUGUGGAUCGAGGCUGGGCCAUCAAUGUGGGGGGCGGCUUCCACCACUGCUCCAGCGACCGGGGUGGGGGCUUCUGUGCCUAUGCUGACAUCACGCUGGCCAUCAAGUUCCUGUUCGACCGAGUGGAAGGCAUUGCGAGGGCCACCAUCAUUGAUCUUGACGCCCAUCAGGGCAAUGGACACGAGCGAGACUUCAUGGGUGACAAGCGCGUGUACAUCAUGGACGUCUACAACCGCCACAUCUACCCUGGGGACCUCUUCGCCAAGCAGGCCAUCAGGCGGAAGGUGGAGCUGGAGUGGGGCACAGAGGACGACGAGUACCUGAGCAAGGUGGAGAGGAACGUGGAGCGGGCCCUGCGGGAGCACCUGCCCGACGUGGUGGUCUACAACGCGGGCACCGACGUCCUGGAGGGGGACCGCCUCGGGGGGCUGUCCAUCAGCCCCGGGGGCAUCCUGAAGCGGGACGAGCUGGUGUUCCGCGUGGUCCGGGCUCACCAGAUCCCCAUCCUCAUGGUGACCUCGGGCGGGUACCAGAAGCGCACGGCCCGCAUCAUCGCCGACUCCAUCCUCAACCUGCACGACCUGGGGCUCAUCGGGCCCGAUUCGCCCAGCGUGUCGGCCCAGAGCUCGGACUUGCCGCCGCUGCCGCCCGCGGGGCCCUGACCCCGCCUCCCGCCUAGGUGUCUCCUGCCUGCCUCUGGGCCCCGCCCGCCGCCGCCCGCCUUCGCGCGUCUUCUCUCACCUUCUGGCCGGGAGGUGGCGCCAGUGACGGGUGGGAAGGGCAGGGCCGUCCCAGGGAAGCCUCACUCGGGCCUGGGAGGCAGGUAGUUCGUAAGCUUAGAGGUGCGGGAGGCCCGGGUCUGCAGGGAGGCCCGGGCGGGGCUGGCGUCCGUGGGAGACGGAGGGAGUGCCUGGCGGUCCUGCGGUCCUGCGCUGUGGGAGGCGCCUGUUGGCUCCUCCCCUCGAGGUGGGAGCGGGCUGGAUGCGGGGAACCUAGGGCAGGUGCGGCAGGCUCUCCAUCUGGGGUUCGCUUUCCCGGCGCCUCUGUAGGAUGAGAGCCCUGAGGUGAGGACACCUGUACCCUGCUUUGGAGGGUCCCCCCUGUUCAGCGUGAAGCAGGUUCGAAGGGAGGAAUCCUCAGCUCAGAAAUGGGGCCCAGCCCCGGAGCCUCAGGUGGAGCAGGGCAGAAAAAAGUGGGGCCCAGCAGCAACAGGCAGGGUCCCGGCCAGGCUCCCUGGAGGCUGGGGAGGAUGACGACUAGGGGAGGCCGGAAAGCGGGAGGGGCGCGUGUGUGCUGCCCCCGUCUCUCCCCGCCCACGGCCUUUCCCCAUCCCUCCUCUGAAGGUGACAUUCAGGAAGCUGGAGGGAGCGGCCACCCCUCCUGGGCAAUGGCAGCCACUUUGACCCGAGGUGGAGGGGUGGGGAGGGAGGUGUUGAAGCUCACAAACUGUCCACCCGCUGACCCCUGGCCCAGACCCAGGGCACUAACAAUGCACUUUGACAGCCCCGCCCUCUCUGUGGUCCCCGGUGUCUGACUCGAGGCACUUAACAGCCCUCAUGCCCCAUGCAAGCCUGACACUGGGUGCUGGGGAUGGACACAGUUUGUCCUGAGGUGCCUGAAGGCCCGGCUGCCCUGUGUUCUGGAGGAACUGGCCCUGCCUCCCGGGACGAGAGGAAAUAAAGACUUAACAUGCACGCAGCAGGAGGCCCGAUGCGGGUCACUGCCCAAUAAAGGCUGGUGUUUUAUUCCA